AGGCUGUCGUUUUCAGCUUCUCAAACGGGCGCCGUGUGUCGCGCUCGCUGAUCAGCGCGUUGCCAUCGUUGCCAUCGCCAUGGCAUUGAAGCGCAUACAAAAAGAGCUGCAGGACUUGGGCAACGACCCGCCAGCGAAUUGCUCCGCGGGCCCCGUGGGUGAGGAUAUGUUCAACUGGCAGGCGACGAUCAUGGGGCCGCCGGAAAGUGCGUACACCGGUGGCGUGUUCUUUCUGAACAUCAACUUCCCAUCGGAUUACCCCUUCAAGCCACCGAAGGUGCACUUCACCACGAAGAUCUAUCAUUGCAAUGUCAAUUCGAAUGGCGCCAUCUGCCUAGACAUUCUGAAGGAUCAGUGGAGCCCGGCGCUGACGAUUUCGAAGGUCCUGCUGUCGAUUUCGUCCUUGUUGACGGAUCCCAAUCCCAACGAUCCCUUGGUUCCGGAGAUUGCCCAGGUCUACCUGAAGGAUCGCUCCAAGCACGAUCAGACAGCGCGCGACUGGGUGCAGAAAUAUGCCACCUGAGUUCUGCGGGUCAAGUCGGUGAUGAGACUUGAGCGAGGGACGAACGUGGCGAACAUGGCGAAUGUGGCGAACGUGGCGAAAACGCCCGGGUAGCAAAGGGUUGCUGGAGACUUGCCAUUUGUUUAGAGAGUCACAGAACAUCAAAGUGAUGA